AUCUAUAACCUACAACAUUAUUCGGCCAAACAACAAGAACAAAAUUCUUCAACGUGUUAUUUAUUUUAUCAUUAUUAAUCAAGAUAUAGUUUAUUUUUUUCCAUUUAAUUUCCCCAUGUUUUAAUAUACAUAAAUAAAAUAUAAAUAAAUACAAGAGACGCGCUUGACUGCCUGCCUCAGAAAAUGAAACAUUAUCCGUGUGUCUAUCGGUCAUUAAAUUAUUUCCAUUUCAUUUUAUUAAAAACGUACAAAAGGUUACAUAAAAUAAUCAUUAUAAGCUAUAUUAACAAUACAAUAAUGUCGAAAAUUCGACCCUGCUGGUUUUAUCUGAAUCAUAAGUGAAGAUUUGUCAGAGUCAGGCAUACAUUUUCUCUGUAUCACAUCAUUAGUAGGAGGAAAUUAUUAGUAUUUUUGGGAAAUUAUUUAGAAAUCCACAGUAAUAUUUUAUCAUUAUUUUGUAAACUGAAUUGGAAAUGUAGUAACAGGUACAGGUUUUCCUUAUAGACCUGGAUGAGGACACAAUAGAGCAGUAGACUUCUCUGGAAACUUUGUGAAAUAUGAAAAAACGUGUAAUAAAAAUGUUCUCAAUUUCUAUAUGUUUAUGCAUUUUUAAUCACUAUUUUAUAUCUCAUGUAUGGCUCUGUGUAUAGAUCAGUCAGAUCUAACUCCACUGCUCAAGCUCAAGUCUAAAGAAAUAUAAGCUAAUCUAUUUGGACCAAUCUAUUUGGCUAAACUUUGAAACCCUUUCUGAAUAAAUGCAAUCUUAUUUAAUUUAAAAUAACUAUGUAAUCUGAUGCUGCACCUUUGGGACGGUUUCCUAUAUUGGAAGGUUGUGAUGGUGCAUCUUCUUGUAUUAUUGAUGGGCUGUUGGUGCUUGUUUGUGCCGUUUCAGAAGUAACAGAAUCUGAAGGAUGGCACGAGACACCGGCUCUCUGCGGGACACCGGCUGAACGGGAUCAUCAUACCUCGUGGCACCGCCUAUCCACUUCUAAUCACCAAGUAGACAGCAAGGACUAUAAAAGCUUCCCUGGCUUUUCUGAAUCUUCUGCCUUUAAAUUUCGUAACUUGACCAUACCCCACAAAAAUGAGUUGGGAAGGUCCUAAAGCUGUGCUUUUCCCACAUAAAAGUGUGUUUCAACAACGUUCGAAACAACGUUCCAAUAACCAAAAAGUUCUAAGAAUUUAGUCAUUACGCGCUAAAUGUGCAUUCUUGUCAACAAAUUACCUUCGCUUGAGGAGGUAACCAUAGCAACAGCUGAUCGAUCGUUGUCUAAAGCGGACGGACGCAAACAGCAUAAGUAGCCUACUGUCAUAUUUACCACGUUGUUUUAGAUUUACACAUCACAAAGAUAUCAGAAAAAAAUCUGACGUGUUUUGUUUAAAACGUGUAAAAUAUCCUGACAGUUAGACAACUGCGCUAGGGGCGCCAAAAGACAAUUUGGGUUGCGCAAGCCGAACCUUAGCGCCCAGAAAAUUACAGACAGAAAGUCUUGAUAAAAUGUCGACCCCCCCUGAAACUCGCUGAAUAAUUCGCGCCCUGAUCAUCAGUAGGCUGCUGCAGGCAAGAUAGAACUCGUGGAAUUUCUGUACUUCUCGCACUUUUGCUCGUGUUCUAUUUGAGUUCUCUCUCUUUUUUUUACCCGUCUAUCCCUGUGUGUACCGUCUGGCUUGGUGUUCAGUAAUCCGCGCAGUCCAUGAUUUUCCCACAGCCCUGCUAAUGCCCCAAAGCUGCAGCUGCCACACCGGCCGGCCGCGGAGCGCCACACGCUGCCAGUUGCUACACUGAUCAAUAAUUUACCAGCUCGACGCCUCCCCGACCCGCUACCCCGGUGCAGCUUCGGGUCGACUGAGGCGACAACAGAUAUUUACUCACGCGGAGGGGACGUUUACUCUCCCGUGCUUUUAAAUGCAGCAGUAAGCUUUAGCCAACAAGCAAGAUCCCUUCGGUGCGUCUACGGAUUAGACUGUCGCAAUGUGCACUGCUCGUGUUGGUGACUGACUGCGACGGCAUUUGAGGACGCCUCUCGCUUUCAUCUGUCCGGGAACAGCGGGGGUCCCGUUAUGGUGCGGACAGAGGGAGAUGCAGUCAAGACAAACAGGAACUGACUUCAGGACAUAAAGACGACGAAAAAUCACUCACAUUCACGCAGAACGUCUUCGUACGAGCAGUUCUGCGUACACCGGCGCGCGCGGAGAAUUUCCACCGAGCAAGUGAAUUCCCCGGUCGGUGCUGACAGGGAGGCUCCAUCGCUCGGCCGAUGACAGCAGGAGAAACGUAUUAUAGACGGAACAGUUCACAUUAUACGAGCGGUGGCCGGGGACGUCGAUAAUCCAUCGUUCCGUAAAGUGCCAGAGAAAGCUUUACUUUUACAGACGGAACAAACUCCGGGAAACAGCCCGACUUGUUGAGUUCUUUUUUCGCUUCCGGUAUCACCGAAGAAACCGACUGGUGCACCCGCUCCCUCUCCUCUUUUUUUUGGACGCUGAAGGUUUUAAAGAAAAAUGGGCUUUUGAGGAGAGCUGGCAAAUUACCCUGAACUACAAUGGCCACAGAAUCGUAUCUGGUGCAUGAAGGUCCCCAUCGAGCCCCGGGCAUCUCAGAGUGUUUCCUAGUGCCUGAAUCCUACAGGGAUGAAUUCCAUCCCUUCAUCGAGGCUCUCCUCCCGCACGUGCGGGCUUUCUCCUACACCUGGUUCAACCUGCAGGCCCGCAAGCGCAAGUACUUCAAAAAACACGAGAAGCGCAUGUCCAAGGACGAGGAGCGCGCCGUCAAAGACGAACUCCUGGGCGAGAAGCCCGAGAUCAAGCAGAAGUGGGCGUCGCGGCUGCUGGCCAAAUUGCGCAAGGACAUCCGGCCGGAGUUCCGUGAAGACUUCGUGCUCACCAUCACGGGGAAGAAGCCGCCGUGCUGCGUGCUGUCCAACCCCGACCAGAAAGGCAAGAUCCGCCGCAUCGACUGCCUGCGGCAGGCCGACAAGGUCUGGCGCCUGGACCUGGUGAUGGUGAUCCUGUUUAAGGGGAGCCCGCUGGAGAGCACGGAUGGAGAGAGGCUGGUCAAGUCCCCGCAGUGCUCCAACCACAGCCUGUGCGUGCAGCCGCACCACAUCGGAGUGUCCGUCAAGGAGCUGGACCUGUACCUGGCCUACUUCGUCCACAUGCCAGAAUCUGGGCAAUCAGACAAUUCCAGUCAACAAGGAGACUCAGACAUCAAACCCCCACCAAACGGACAUCUGAGUUUUCAGGACUGCUUUGUGACUUCAGGGGUGUGGAACGUAGCCGAGUUGGUACGAGUGUCUCAGACCCCAGUUGCAACAGCAUCAGGUCCUAAUUUCUCACUUGCGGAUCUGGAAAGUCCCAGUUACUACAAUAUCAACCAAGUAGCACUCGGCAGACGAUCGCUUGCCUCUCCUCCAUCCACAAGGUCUGAGGUGGAGCUGUACGCCAGUCUUCCUCGGAGCUCUAAUAAGCGUAAGUCUAUAGAUGACAGUGAGAUGGAGAGUCCUGUUGAUGAUGUCUUCUACUCCAGUCGUUCUCCGGCCGGCACCAGCUCCCAGUCCAGUGGCUGGCCAAAUGAUGUUGAUGCAGUUGCAGUACAGCACCAUUUGACGAGUGUUCAAGAGAGGAAGAUAAAACAUGAGAAUGAUGGCGUGCAGUUUCCAUACCAUGGGCUGUCCUCUCCUGGGUCUCUAAAGAAGCCAGCGGGGAAAUUCGAUUUCAGCGCCCUGUCAGCACAGACGAGGUCCCCCCGAAUGGCCUUCACACACCACCCGCUGCCCAUGCUGGCAGGCGUGAGACCAGGGAGUCCGCGUGCCUCAGCCUCUGCCCUUCAUUUCCCUGCUCCCUCCAUCAUCCAGCAGUCCAGUCCAUAUUUCACCCACCCCACCAUCCGCUAUCACCACCAUCAGGACCCGCUCAAAGAGUUCGUCCAGUUCGUCUGUGCUGACGGCUCGGGGCAGCCGGGGGCACAGCCUAACGGGAGCGGUCAGAACAAACUGCCCAGCUCCUUCUUACUGCCACCUCCUCCUCCUCCGGUAGCGCGGCCGGUGCCGAUGCCCCUCCCCCUGCCCGAGCACAAACCCAGCCACACACACCCUGAGAGCGGAGUCGGCUCCCCGGCCUCGCCCUCAGCAUACCCAGCGCCAGGCUCCACAGCUUCCAACAGGUUUGUCGGCAUCGGAUCACGGGACAACAACUUUCUGAACAUCCCACAGCAGACUCAGUCAUGGUUCCUUUGACAAGACUUUUCAUGAACACAGACAAAAAUCCACAAUGAAAACUGGAAGUGGAGUCACGAAGCUAAGUAUGGAACUUUCCCACAUGCCCCCCUGUAAAGUCUCACUCACACACAAACACACACACACAAAUACACACACAAUUCCCAAAAACCUGGCAAAUCUGGAAAACUUCAGCAUUACCCUGCCAGUCUGGAGAGCUCGGAGAACCAUCCAAACCAUCCAAAGCAAUGACGAACCAGCUCUCGACGCCUUUGUCGUGUUCCUGAGGCAUCCAGCUCAUUGACCAAUCCCGAUGACCUUUUUUUAAUUUGUUCAUACAUCCGCCUGUCAUGCGCCAUGGUGAGGAAAAUCCAUCUCUUCCCAGUCAGAACUCUAUUUGGAAGUUGAACUCAUCGAAAAGGGACAUUUGAAAUGGAAAUGGAACCUGGAUGAUGUCAAUCACGGACGCGUGUGAUUGGAUGGAGAGACUCGGCGGGAGCCCUCUGAUUGGCUCCAGAUUUGCUGAUCUUGGUGACGGCCUCCAGUGCAGUGUGAACUCGACAUCCUCUCGCUGUUUACCCGUUGACAAGCAAUAGACUGUGAGCGAGACAACAGAUAACACUAACCGUGUGCAAUUCACCUAAACAUAUGCACUAUAUGAUUAAUGAUAAGGGAUGACAGAUGCUUUGGCCUUAGAUUUGCGAUGUGGAGUCAGGCUACAUGUGUCUAAGGUAAAACACACACAGAUGAGUACCAGCAGAGCAAUAGAACACAAACACACUGCACUACACUGAGACACACAUCACAGCAUCAUAUAGACCGCUGAUCACAGGAGUGGGAAGGGUCAAGCACGAGUGACCUUAAUGUCAAGCUUGUGACUCAAAGAUAAUUUUUCAUUUUGUAGUGUUUAUGAAAUAAAAGGCCAGUGAUUUGAGUCAUUAAAUUGAUUCGAAUGAACUAGAGGGUUUUGGCGCAUCCAUCGCUGACCUCUAUACUACCAUCGAUCAAUCUGAGUGGUUGUGCAUCAGUAUCUUACAGUCGGCCCUGAACACAAGGGCUUCAUCUUCUUUACUUUGAGUUUGGUUUUGCAGUACAUUUUUUGGUGGAUGUCACAAAACCUUUCCAGAUCAUAUUUUCCCCCGAAACCAAAUGAAAAAAAUAUGAAAUAAUAUAUAUAUAUAUAAUAAAAAAAAUUAAAAAAAUUAUGAUUUGAUGAAAAGCUUAUUUAAUGAAUAAAUAAUAAGUAUAAUUUUAAUGUAAAAUUAUUUUCAUGAUAAUUAAGCCACCCCCCCAAAAAAAACAAAAAAACAAUUCUCAUCACCAUAAUGCAAAAAAAUCUAAUUCUCAUUACCGUGUUGUAAUGCAAAACAUUUAUUAUUAUUAUUUUUAUUUAUUAAAUAAUGAUUACAGUUUGUUUGCUUAUGGAUGAAAAUGUACGGAGCCCCGCACAACACAUGCAGGAAAAAAAUUGUAGGUUAUCAUGAGAAUGAUUUAUAAUUCAAGGGAACAAAUUAGUAAAUCGAGCGUAAAUUUAGUAAAUCGAGGGAACGAAAUAGUAAAUUGUGCGUAAAUUUAGUAAAUUGAGGGAACAAAUUAGUAAAUCAUGUGUAAAUUUAAUAAAUCGAGGGAAAGAAAUAGUAGAUCGUGCACACGAUUUUGCAAAUCGAGGGAACGAAUUAGUAAAUCGUGCGUAAAUUUAGUAAAUCAAGUAAAUUUAAUAAAUCAAGGGAAUGAAUUAGUAAAUCAUGUGUAAAUUUAAUAAAUCGAGUGAACGAAGUAGUAAAUUGUGCGUAAAUUUAGUAAAUCAAGUAAAUUUAGUAAAUCAAGGGAACUAAAUAGUAAAUCGUGCGCACAAUCUACUUUUUUUUCCUGCAUGUCAUGUGUGGGUCUCCGUAAAAAUGUGCUAAACUGUUGUCAGUGCAAAAAAUCUCAAUAACCCAAAAAUAGGCUUAAUUUUCUCUAUUAAUUUUUAAUUAAUUAAAAAUUUCAGUGGUGAAAUGAGACUUGGACAUUUUUUUGUGACAUUCACCCUUUCACUUGUGUUUGUUUUCUGGUUUUUGCGCGAUUUUAGUUUGCAUAACGUAGCCGCUCCUGCUCCGGCAGAUCAGACCGCAUGUGGAAUUGUGCUUUCCAAAGUGUUUUUGUUUUUAGAAUAACAGGUUAAGAACAAAUGGACAAUCUCUAGUUUCCCUCUUCGAGCUCCAUUAACCAGAUGUUUGGGGUCGCUAUUAUGUCGACAGUGCUCUGCCCUUCCUACCAAUCACAAUCUCCAUCACUUUACAGUUUGUUCAUAAUGUAACUCUCACUUUUUUCUCCACAACACAAGUUUUUUUGUUUCAGUUCACCGGUUCAGCCUGACUCACAAGACAAUCUGCGUAUGGCUGCCAUUUCAUUUAGCCUAUCAGCACAGUGGUACAUACAUGCACAAACAUUGCACUAUGACACACACCCACAUCAUUAAAGGACAAAGGGAAACCUUUAAACCCAAACCCCUCUAUCAAACACGAUUUUACAGUAUGCAAAUGUACAUUGUAUUUAAGUUUUAGAUGAACUCAAAACAGAAAAUGUCAUUUUCAAUACAAACACUCGAAACCACUGACCUCACUAAAUAACUGGACUGCCUGGCUGUCAAUCACAUGUCAGGGACUCUGAUUGGCUGAGAGCUGACGAUUUCAUCAUCCACUUGAAACACAUCAAAGUGCCUCGGUGUCCCCUUUACAUGCAAUUCAGGGUCUUCACUUCAUGUAUAAGCUACAGAAAAUAUGUACAAUAUGUAUCAUGGGCUUAGCAAACAACAUAUGAGCAACUGCAAACAUCAUAUUUAUAGAUAUAUGUUAUCCAGAACAUAUCGUAAUCAUACUGUGUAUAUAUAUAUGGACAUAUGUAUAGUUCUUCCGCUGUGAAAUUAGCUCUAUGGCAGUCUAGUUAUUUUUUGAUCUUAAACCCGAGUCAGUGAGGUCAUCGGAAAAAAACGUCCAAACAUAUUAAACCCACAAACAUCAGAUCACCUCUUCAGAAGCGCAGGUGUCCAAUCAGGUCAGUGCGGAUAGAUCAAAAACGGACACAAACACACCUUCAGAACAGAAACCAAUUUUUCAAUUUUCUGUUGAAAAGUGUUAUUAUUGAGAGAAAAAAAGCUAUAUGUGGACUGAGCCGUGUGCAAUGUGUUGGGUAGAUAUCUGUGUUUGUCUUCAGAUUUUUAAGAAAGUGAAGCAAGUGAAAAAAGACAAAAAAAAAAAAAAGUUGAAGUCUGCAAGCUCCUGGACUCUAAACAUGAGGGCCACAAAAAGAAUCCCAGUCUUUGUAAGCGUUGGGGAAUUUCAUUUUUACUUUUCAUUUAUCUUUUUUAAUGUUUUAUUUGUAAGCUUUUGUUUUUAAACUAUUUUAGGGGUGGGGCUGAAGGAACGAUUUUACAAAAGCAAAUGUAUUAUGACGAAAAAAGAAAGAAAAGAAAAUACCGGUGCUUCUGUUACUCAUAAGCGAAUAUUACCACACUAGAACGACUGUUUCUGAUGAGACAAGUUUUACGAACCUCUGUUUCUCUCUUCUUCUCUUUUGUAUUCACUGAGGGGGGUUCAGAUUUUUAUAUAUAUAUAUAUAUCGGUUCUGACAAAAGGCAUUUUACUACAACCUUUAAGAAAGCAGUGCCCCUUCUUUCUCCUUCAAAUGUCCAGAUUAAUGGUGCAUUCAAGUUAUGUCGGGAAGAUCGUAUUUAUGAGUCUUUAUAAGUGGAAAACAUGGAGCAAACAAUCGAUGCACUGUCUGUAUUUGGCUAGCUAAGUUGCACAUACAAGAUACGAUAGUAUUGCACAAUUACACAAUAAUAUAUAAUGAUUCAGUUCACAGCACCUUCAUGAUUUGAAUAAAAAUCAAAAACACACCUGAGGCACAUUCUUUAUUCGUCAUUUUGUAGAAAUAGUUAAUGCUGCCUUCACAUGCUAUCUGAAUUAUCAUAAAUAUGAGUUUCCUAGUCGGAGAUUAAACAUGAAUGCCUUCUCAAGUCAUAUUUAUUAUUGGGAAACUUAGAGAUAAUUUGGAUACCUGAGUUUCCGAGUUGGGCGGGUCUUAAACUUUAAAGGGGACUUAUAAUGCCCCUUUCACAAGAUGUAAUAUAAGUCUCUGGUGUCCCCAGAAUGUGUCUGUGAAAUUUCAGCUCAAAAUACCCCACAGAUCAUUUAUUAUAGCUUGGCAAAUUUGCCCCUAUUUGCGUGAGGAAAAACACGCCGAUUUUGUGUGUGUCCCUUUAAAUGCUAAUCAGCUGCUGCUCCUGGCCCACUUUCCAGAAGAGGGUGGAGCUUUAACAGCUCACACUUCGGUUACUCAACAACAACAAAGCUGGAGAAUCUCACGCAGCCAAAAUGACGAUUAUCAGUAAUGGUGUUCAGCCAUGUUAAUCACAUAUAUGAUUAAUCAUUUGAAGGAUAUUGUGUGUUUUAUACACGGCGAAAAUAGCCUGUAUUUGACUGAAAUUGCAAGCUGACUAUCUAGAUAGUGCAGUGAAUGUUUAUGGUUGUCGAUUGGGAUGCUACACUUUAUUCAAAAUUAAAUAUCUUCAAUACAUUUUGGCUUUAAUAAGACUUCCCCAAGAAUAUACUUGGUAUCCUCCAUGAUUAAUAUUCUUUCCGAAAACAAAGCACUUGAAUGCCACAAGCUCGUAAUCACGACUUCAGAAGUGGGAAGUAGGACAUUUCCGAUAGCACAUGAAGGCAGCAUUAAUACAACCUUGCUGUGUUUUUUAUAAAGAAGGUACAACGGCAUCAUGCUCCACCCAAAGUGAUUUGAAUGCACCUGACGUCAUAAUUACAACUUCACAACUUGUAAAAACGAACUUCCCAGGAGGACUUGAACGCACCAAAACACCAGAUGAAAAUGCAGAAAAGCAUGUUUUGGUUGGAGGAAUGGCCAUUAUUAAGUGUCAAGACUUAGAAUACAUUAGAGGGUUCGUCACAAGCAAUCUGUUCAUAUUCGCUCCAAAUCUCGGAUUCAUUUAGGUGAGAUUGUGUCGAUGUAAACGUGAGUAGGGUUUUGUCAGUCAUAGUUUAGAGCACACGUGGUUCAAGACGAGAGGCAGAAACGCGCCACGGCCGCCCCAUAUCGUCCUGGAAACACUUCCUGUAUGUAAAUGAGCUCCCAUAGUGUUCGUGCUGUAGUGUAUAGGUGAGCAUUUAAAGGUUGUCCCAUUCAAAGUGCCUUUUGUUCACAGACACCAUCUUGUAAAUGAUGAACACCCGUCUUUCCUUCUUCUGAGCUUUCUCAAGCAGUAUACACAGUAUAUAGUACUACACGAAAAUGGAUGUGAUUUCGUUCUUUUUAUUGUACAAUGAUGGAAAAAAAAGUUAAAAAGACAAAAAAAUUGGGUCCCUUUCUCUCCGUACCUCUGUCUUUAUCGGUCUCUCGCUCUUGGCACUGUAGAUGUCUAUCCUUAUCUUUCCUCCCUCUCCCUUCUUUGAUGAAAGAGUUGGAAAAAAAAUGUUGAACCUCUUUUUCUCUUGAGCAAGAUGUUGUAAACUCUAAUGUUAUAUCCCUGUCUGUAAGCUUCACAUGUUUAUAUCAUACACAUCUCUCCCUUCGGUCAAACGCAGUGGGCUCUGAGUAGAAACUGACCCGGGACUGUCCCGCUGACCCUUCCUACAUCUGAGACCAGCAGUAACGGCAUGUCUUGGGAAGCAGUGCGGUCUUUUUUGGCUGUAGGUGGAGAGCACUGGACCAGGGGAUGCACAACAGCUCUGUCAUGCUUGUUUGUCUUCUAUUUAUUUCAGUUUUAUUCAUAAAAACUGUCGCAUGCGUAAUUAAAGCACCUUUUUAGUGGUUGUUUGAGACUAGCUGCUUAAAGAACUUGACUGAUGAUUUGCACCUUAUGCACGGAUUUAAUCAGGAGACAUGAUGCACUAAGAGUAACACGCCAUGCAUUCUAUAGUGUUGAUCCAGAUGUGGCGGCAGCUUCAUUGUCAAUGGCCUAGAAACAGACAGGUUGAUGUUCAAUUCCAGCUAUAAGUUCAAAAGCAGCUGUGCAACAUAUUAAUCAUUAUAGUAGAUUUUUCAGCAGUGAAUUUUUGGAGGAAAUAGCAUAAAAGAUGCAUAAAGGCCAAGGACGAUAACCAUUUAUCAUUAUUGAUAAUUAUAAAGUUUUAAUAAUCAUUCUUCUUAUAUGAGAAUAGUGGAGCCCACACUACAACGACAGAGGAAUGUUAUCGUUGGAAUCACUUUCAGAACUUCUUUCCAGCUAAUUAACGAUAACAUUGACAGCCAAUCAGAUUCCAUCCUGCUUUAAAAAUCAAAAACUGCAGCUCAUGCUUUAAUAAACGGGCCAGUUGUUCAAAAGUAUGCUGAUUUCGGCUAUCAGAUUGGACCAAAUCUUAAAAAUGGGUUGUUCAAGAGGAAAAAAGGAUUCACAAAAUCCAAUCUUGGUUUUGAUCUGGAUAAAAUCAUCAGUUUAAGAUUGGGACACCUUUGUUCCAAAAAAUCUGGAUUAUACUGAUCCCAUCAAAAGGGUGGAUUUCAGGAACAAAAAUGUAAUAAAACUUUAAAACCGGUCAAAAAAUACAACAUUUUUAUCAUGUAAUAUACACACACAUUUUUUAUUUUGCUCUUGAUAAAGUAAUAAAUUAGAAGUAGACAUUAGGCUACAUAUUUAACCUUUCGGUAGCCUACUGUUAAGUAAAAAAGCGUUUUUGGUACCAUAAAAUAAUCCCCAAACAGCUGCAAAUAUCAAACAAAAUAUUUGAUUUUUAACAAAGUUUCUUGGGUGAACAUUAUGCGUAACUUUUCUGAGAGAAUGCAACAGCAUUGAAAUGUUUUGUUUUUUUCCCCCACCUUAUAUUCUUUCUAUCACCAUGUCCCUUUAGGGGCUCCGUACAGCACAAGUAAUCCAGAUUUGGUAAUCUGAAAAAGUGUGUAUCUGGAUCAGGGUGAUCCAAACCAAUUUUGCUUUGAAAAACCAGCAUAAAAGUAAGAUGGAUUACCUUAACCUGAAUAGCAAAACAUGGGAUUUCCUAAUCCAGAUCAUUCUGAUCCACAUUAAACGUUUUGAACAACUGGUCCCAGAACGUUAUUGUGUGUUGGUGUGGAUGCUAAUAUAGUUGUCGUUCUUGGUGUGAACAGGCCUUAAUUCAGGGUUGCAUGAGCCAUUUGAGCAACUGCCAUUGAGAUGCGAGUGUCAUCUAAAUUAAACUAAUCCAUCAUGAAUAUUUAAAUUAAUUCUUGUAUAUUGAUUUUCUUUUUCAUGCACACCAUGUUCAAGUGAUUAGUGUUAAGUUACCCAAUUGUCUCCUUAAGAGUCAGUAGCACCGAAAUCAGUAUUAUCGAUCAUCCCUCCAUCCAUACUGGCAUGUGUCAGGAUUAUUAGUUGCAUUUAUUUAUUCAGAAUCUGCCCCGAUUCACUCAUGCACAUGUAGCCGCAUGCAUAUUUAAAUAUCUAACCGGAUUGUGUGUCUACUGCCGAUGUGUUUUUGAUUUGCUUGUUUUUUUAGGUACAGUAGUUCAGCCAGCGUCUCUGAUCCAGUGCUCUCUGUCCCCGGAGCCCUUGGCAAUCUGCAUGUGUUAUUUACAGAUUCUUUUCCAUUAUAAAAAACUAAAACGUUUGUAAAGAGCAGCACCUGAUUGAAUAAAUGAUGUUCUUGACUGUACAAAGA